AUGGAAGACCAAAUACCAGAGGUGGUUGUGCUUUCAGAUUCAGAGGAUGAUAUUGGUGAUGUGAGGGAGGAUACAGUUGAGGAGAACCAAGACCCGGUUCAAAGUGACAGAAAUAGGAAAGGAAAGCAAGCUGAUGUGAGGGAAAAUACAUCUGAGGAUAGCCAAGACAAAGUUCAAGCUGAUGUGAGGGAAAAUACAGCUGAGAAGAGCCAAGACAAAGUUCAGCGUGACAGAAAAGGGAAAGGAAAGCAAAGUGAUGAAGAUUUCAUAUUGGAGGAGGAAGAGUUUGAGCAAGAUGUUGAAGCUGAGAUAGAGAUGGGUACACAAUCUGACCCUAGGAAGUGGUGGCGAUCAGUUUCAGAUUUUUGUACUCAAAAUCUUGAUGAUGGAGACUCAGAUGGUAUAUGUUCUGAGGAGGAGUUACACGAAUUGAAGUCAGAUGAUGAGUUUAAUGUUGGUAAAAAUUCCAAAGAAUUCAACCCGAAAACCAAAAUGCAAAACUUCCAAUUUGUUCUUGGCAUGGAAUUUGCCACUGUUACAAUUUUAAGGAAUGCAAUAAGGGAGUACUUUAUUGAAGUUAACAAGAUAGAUGGCAAAACAAUGAGGGUCAAAACACUUGUUGACAAGCAUAGUUGUGGCAUUGUUCUGGACAAUAAAAAGCUGACCUCAACUUGGCUUGCAAAACACUUUUUGGAGCAAUUUAGGCUAAAUCCGAGUAUGGAAUACAAUGUAUUUAGGGAGAUAACUACAAAGACCAAGUACUCACGUGUGUCUAGCUGGACAUUUUACAGCGCCAAGACAAAAGCAAGGAAGAUGUUGGAUGGGUCUGUCAAGGAACAAUACGCCAUUCUUGAUGACUACUGUAAAAGGUUGUUGGCUACCAAUCCUGGCUCUACUGUGAAGUUGAAAACUGAUUUGGUUAAUGGGAGAAGGCAAUUUCAGCGUAUUUAUAUUUGUCUUAAGGCAUGUAGAGAUGGCUGGUUGGGGGGUUGUAGACCUCUAAUUGGUCUUGAUGGCUGCUUUUUAAAAGGAUAUUGUAAGGGCAUUUUAUUGGCUGCAGUAGGCAUUGACGGUAAUAACUCCAUGUUUCCCAUUGCCUACUGUGUUGCUGAAAAGGAAAACACUGAGGUUUGGACUUGGUUCUUGGAGCUAUUGAAGGCUGAUAUUGGGAGUUUGAGUCCCACCAAGGUGACAAUGAUGAGUGAUCGUCAAAAAGGAUUAGAAAAUGCAGUGGGAGCCAUCUUUAGUGGGUGUGAGGUGAGGUUUUGUGUUAGACAUCUUCAUGCUAACUUUAAAAAGGAAUAUCCUGGACUUUUACUUAAGCAACUUUUGUGGGCAGCAGCUAAUACAACAACACAAGCUGAGUUUGCUCGAGCAAUGCAAGAAGUCAAGAAUGUCUCGGAUGGUGCUUACAAUUGGCUGGCAGGGAAGAACCCCACAGAAUGGACUAAGUCACAUAUUUCAGAGUACCCAAAAUGUGACAUUUUGGUGAAUAAUUUGUGUGAGAGUUUCAAUGCAGCCAUACUUGAUGCUCGCGACAAGCCAAUUAUAACUUUACUAGAGAAAAUUAGAUUUUGGUUGAUGUCUCGGUUUUAUAACAAAAAAGCUGAGUUGGAGAAGAUGACUCAACAUGUGGGGAAGAGAAUUUUGAAGAUAAUUGAGAAGCAAAAAGAGGUUGCAAAGCAUUGUCUGGUUACUAGGUCUGACAAGUUUCAGUUUCAGGUUCAAUGCUGCAAUGGUAGUGCCUUGGUUGUCGAUUUGGAAUUCAGAACUUGUACGUGUAGGAGGUUUCAACUAUCUGGGCUUCCUUGUGGCCAUGCACUAGCUACUAUCUGGUUCAUGGGAGGUAAUGUCUUUGAUUAUGUCCACGGAUUCUAUAAAAAAGAAUCAUUGCAAAAAGCAUAUGAACAGAGUGUGCAUCCUAUGCCUAGUCCAGAUAUGUGGCCUCAGACAAGACUCAACCCAAUUGAUCCACCACCUGAGACGAAGCUGCCUGGAAGACCUAAGAAAGCUAGGAGAAGGGAGACAGAUGAACCUCCACCUGCUUUAAAGAAAGCUCGAAGAACUGGACAAAAUCGUGUGGUCAAAAAGCGAGGUCGUCCACCACUGCAGAACCCAACUGAAUCCACACUUUUAAGGAAGGAAAGAAGAUUGAAACAACAUGCUAAAGGAGGAACUAGUGGUGCAACCAAUGCUCAACCCGAUACUAUCUGA